AUGUCGAGGUAUGGAGUGGUAGGAGCGUUAGGGGUCAUUUUGGGAAGGGCAGACCAAGUUGGUAUUGAUAUCGAUGGCGAGGAUUCGGAUGGCCGGACGCCGCUAUGGUGGGCAGCUGAGAGAGGGCACGAGGCCGUCGUGCAGCUGCUUCUUGAAUGGAGCGCCUAUACUGAGGCGGCGGACAAGGACGGCCGGACGCCGCUGCUAUGCGCCGUCGUGCAAGGACAUGAGACCGUCGUACGGCUGCUCCUUGACCAGGGCGCUAAUACUAAUGCAGUAGAUAAGGACGGCCGGACGCCGCUAUGGUGGGCCUCCUUGGAAGGGCAUGAGAUCAUUGUGCGACUGCUCCUUGACCAGAGCGCUGAUAUUAAUGCGGCAGACAAUUGGGGCCGGACGCCGCUAUUUAAGGCCGCCUUGAAAGGGCAUGCGGCCAUUAUGCGGCUGCUCCUUGACCAGAAGGCUGAUCCUGAUGCAGCGGGUAAGGAGGGCCAGACGCCGCUAUGGUUGGCCGCCGAGAGAGGGCAUAAAGAUAUUGUGCGGUUGCUUAUUGAACGGAAUGCCUUUAUCGAGGCAGCAGAUAAGGACGGCCGGACGCCGCUAUGGUGGGCCUCCUUGGAAGGGCAUGAGGCUAUUGUGCGGCUGCUCCUUGACUGGGGCGCAGACACUGAGGCGGCAGAUAAAGAUGGCCAGACGCCGCUACGAUUAGCUGCCGACAGGGGACAUGAGGCUACUGUGCAGCUGCUCCUUGAUCAGGGCGCUGAUACUGAUGCGGCGGGCAAGAACGGUCAGACGCCGCUAUGGUUGGCCGCUUUGAAAGGACAUAAGGAUAUUGUGCGGUUGCUUAUUGAACGGAACGCCUCUGUUGAGGCGGCGGAUAGGUGGUGGGGCCGGACGCCGCUGCUAUGCGCCGUCGCGCAAGGACAUGAGGCCGUCGUGCGGCUGCUCCUUGACCAGGGCGCCUAUACUGAGGCGGCAGAUAAGGGCGGCCGAACACCGCUAUGGUGGGCAGUUGAGAGAGGGCACGAGGUCGUCGUGCGGCUGCUCCUCGAUCGGGGCGCCCAUACUGAAGUGGCGGAUAAGUGGGAGCGGCGGACGCCGUUGUGGAGGACCGCUGAGAAUGGGGAUGAUGCUAUUAUGCGGCUGCUACUUGAUCGGGGUGCUGAUACUGAGUCGGCGGACAAGGACGGCCGGACACCGCUGUUGAUGGCCGCUGCGUGGGGACACGAGGCUACCGUGCAGCUGCUCCUUGACUGGGGCGCUGAUACCGAUGCAGCAGAUAAGGACGGCCGAACGCCACUAUGGUGGGCCACCUUGAAAGGGCAUAAGACCAUCGUGGGGCUGCUCAUCGACUGGGAUGCCUCUGUUACGGCAGUGGAUAAGAACGGCCGAACGCCACUAUCAACAGCCGCCUUAAAAGGGCACAAGGACAUUGUACAGCUGCUCCUUAACCGGAGCGCCUCUAGGGAAGCGGCGGAUAAAGAUGGCCGGACGCCGCUACGGUUGGCCGCCGAAAGAGGGCACGAGGCCGUCGUGCGGCUGCUCCUUGAAUGGGGCGCCUAUACUGAGGCGGCGGACAAGGACGGCCGGACGCCGCUAUUAACGGCCGCUGCGUGGGGACACGAGGUUACUGUGCGGCUGCUCCUUACCCGAGAUGCCUCUAUCGAGGCGGCAGACAAAUGGGGCCAGACGCCACUAUCGUGGGCCGCUAAGAGAGGGCACGAUGCCGUCGUGCGGCUGCUCCUAGAACGGGGCACCUGUACUGAGGCCUAG